GUCGGUUUCUUUGUGUUGUCAUUGUCAGCCCCGAUUUUUCUGGCAAGCGAAAGGCGUUGCACCCGCGGUGUGUGCGAAAGUCCUGGAAACAGGCUCCGAAAAAACCUCGGUUAGCUGCUCUUGUUUCCUGCGUCGGACCAGGGUAUGUUCGGGUCAGCCCGGUUAGGGUCGAGCGCUUGCCACGCUUGAGUCUUGUGCUUUUGCUUUCUUCGUUGACCGGUCUCUUCCGUCGCAUUUCCCAGCUGAAGCUCCACUUUUAAAGCUCUACCAUUUGGUUUUUGACCUUGAGUCUCGAAAAUCCUUGUGCCCUUAAGCUGAAUCUGAAGCCAAGGACUAUCUUAUAUACCUGCCAGUUGCGUGUUGUGACUCGAAUGCGAGUGAACGCGUAAAUACAGCCAUGACCGGGCAUCGACGUGGACGUGCUUUUUUUUAGUAACUUGAACACUCGCAAGGGGUGUGUUGGCACUUUGUUGAGUUUCUUCAACUUCUUCCUGAGUGGGUCGCGCUUUGUAUGUUAUUGUUGUCUUUCGGCUGGUGGCGUCUUCCAGAACCGUUGGUCUCGUUUCGAAUGGGCGACGCAAGAGUCACUGUGCGCGUGCUAACUUUCGUCGUAGUCUCUCAGUUGUUGACCGAGGACUUUCGCAAGACGAUUUCCUCCUUGUGUUUUCGUCCGGGAGGGGAACGAAGAACGGCCAUAAACAGACUUCGACAUACACGACAAUUCGCAGCCAAGGGUGUGCUGUGUGCUUCGUGUGCUUUCCAAACUGGCAAAUUCUCUGCCGUCCACACGGUCGCAUUUCGCACCUUCAUGCCUCACUAGAUCUGUACGCGCCGACGUUUUCUUGACAUUCUGAAGAAAGAAAUCGAAGUGAAGCGUUUUACUACAACGCCGUAUCCCGAACGGUUCAGAAUGCCGAAGGCAUACGCGCGUGCAGAGCGCGGCAGCACGUCGCAGAAGGCCCGCGACCAGAAGGUUUUGAGGCCCCCAGCGUUGGAUGUCUCUCGCGUGUCUGGCAAGAUUUCCGACAGGAGCGAGAGGUCUGCUUCGGCUUUGAUGACUCCGCAAAGCAGGAACUCGCCUUCCGUUUCUGCGCCGUCGACGCCCGCGCGCAGCUCUAAAGGCCACUCUGACGCUGGGAAGGCGAGACGUGGACUCCAAGAGAGCGCCAGAAGCCGGUCACCCUCGCGGAAGGUGACCACCGGGAAGGGCAAGAAGCUGGAACACGCUUCGAUGGACGGGCAGCAGGGCGAGCGGUCGCGUGCAGCGGAUCAGGCGACUCACAGCCAGCUGGUCACUCUGGACUUUGAGCGGGGCGUCGCAGAAGCGCCGAGACGCGCUCUCAAGGGUCAGACAGCGGGAGUGCAGGUGAACCACCACGGGUCUUCUCUGCAGAAAGCGCUGGAUAACCUAACGCCCCGAAAGGCAGCCCUCGCUGUGGAGCUCGAGAGAGCGCAGUUGGAAGUCGCCUCUCUGAAGCGCCUGGUGACUGAGGUGUCGUCAGGAAAAACUCCGCUCGCGGUUCCGGCCGAGUUAUUUUACCAGUUGAGUCUCGCAUGUCUCUCGGGGAACAACCGAGUCGCGGCGAAACCCCACUUGUCUCACCGCGAGGAUGUGGGGAAGUCGAGCCCAAAAGCUGCUGGCCAUGGGCGGCAGGCGGGCAAGGGACGAGAGGGGGGCAAUGAGGGAGAGAAGCGCGGCGCUGCUCUGUCUGCGGCUCAGGAGGAAGCGGUGUCUGGCCUGCGCUCUGGACCUUCGUCAGUCGACUGGGGCGAAGUGGAACAGAGAAUCCGAGUCGAUGUAGAAGGCGAGGCACCGAUGGUGUGGAAAGACGUGUACAGACUACGGCAGGGCGCGAAGCCUGAGCACAUCUCGUCGUCGUGCUCCGGCGUCGGAGCUGGGGAGACAAAGAAGGGCGCUCUUGGAGAUCAUUCGCAGAUAAGCGUCGACAUCCCGUCUGGUGACGAAGCAGCCGCUUGGCAUCCGAAGGGAAACAAGACUGAACAGCGAAUGCUUUACUCCCCGAGAGAAGGCGGCUUCUCCUUGUUUCUCCCCGAUACAGUGAAUGCGGCCAUGGGGCAUCCCUACAGACGUUCACACUCGUGUACGCGAGAGAACCGCGGCAUCUGGCCGCAAUCACUCAUCGCGAAGAACUUCCAACAAGUCACAGCGACUGUCAUGGAGCAGAGCUUCCAGCUCGAGAACCAGGCAGCCGUCGUUGACAACUUGCAGGCGAGCUUGAAUCGCCUCGAGCUGUUGCUUGCCGACGCGAAGAGCGAAUGUGCAGACGACACGAAAGCCAAAGGCGAAGACGCGGUUGGAAAGAACAGUGGAAAGACUGUUAAGGCAGGUGCGAACCAGCGCGGGACCGUCAACGCUCCAACGGCCUCAAAAAUCUCGCCGUCCGGAGUCAUCCCCUGCGUCGUCAUCGAAGACCUAGGCACGGGCGGGUCGAACACUGCGAAGGAAGUUGAGAUCGAAGAAGGCGAGACACACUCUGCAGGCGGAGUCAGGAAGACGAGACGCUCCGUAUCUCCAGGCGUCAAUUCCGAGUCUAGCCCGUCGGACGAACUCACCAAACAAGAUGGACUGACCAGAAAAAGUGUAAUCCACAGCGGGGGCGCGAAGAAACGCGAAACACGUCACGGGGACGAAUCCGGCAAGAGUGGUGAUAAUGUGAAGGAAACACCUCAUCUCGAGCACCCUGUUCGCUUGACUGGGACGUCGAGUUCGGAGUCGCCGGCAACCUCGAAGACGGCUGUCUGCGGGAGUGACUUGCGGAAAUCCACCGCCUCUGGCGCCUCGGCUGAAAGCCACCAGAGACUUUCCCCUCCGUCUGGGGCUGUGGUGGCAAGCCUGACAGGGAACGCCACCACAUCGGCUCCUUCUGGGGUACAGAGUCCGAAGUCUGGGACUAAAGGGCCGCAAGGCAAGAAAGCUGACAAGCAAGUCGAGUCUGUUGGCGCCACCGAACAGUCUGAGGUCUCUCCAGAGCGAAAGGAGCCCGAAAAAGUGACCAAAGCCAAACCCCCGAAAGCCAAGGCAAUCACCAAGAAGGCCGCCGUUCCGGAGAAGCGGUCGGCCUCGGCUGAAGCUGUGGCCUCAAGUGAAACCGGCGUUGGCGACACUCAUCAUCGCUCCUCGGUUUUCCAGAAGAGUUUGUGGGGAGCUGGGAAGCAACAGGAGGCCGAAAACACUGACCGAAAUGGCGCUGGAAACUCCGUCGAAACAUCUGCUGCAGGCACCCCAGAAGCGGAGGUGCCGCUUUCGCCUCCGCCUUCUCCCGCAGAGGUGUUAUACGUAGCUCCUGAGAUGUCCCCAGAAGGCUCUGUCUUUAUCCCGCCAGUCUACUAUGCGUACCACGUUGGCGGUCAAAAUGCAUUCUUCGUCCCGCAAGGCGCAUGCGCACCGGGUGCGACAGAGUCCGGAGAAGUCCAAGCUGCCCUCGGAGGUCCUCCGUCGCCGCAAAGUGGGGAACGACGCGUCCAGCCUUCUCGCGGGGCGUCUUUCACGUCUCACCACUCGAGUUUGUGGAUGCCCGCAGGGCCUUGCGGCGCCGCGGCGAAUGAAGGUGUGGCUGCAGCGAGUUGCUCCAUGUCUGCUGUACCUUUUAUGUGGAAUGGCUUGGCCCAUCCGGAGUCUCCGUUCUUGGCGGCCGUACCUAUGGUGCCCGCGACGGGCGUGUGGCGCCACGCGGAAGUCCCCAGCGGCGCCGGUGCAUUGGUGACGGAGCCCAUACCCCGGGAGAGUUGUCCCUCGGUUCCUUUCUACGACGGCGCCUGCUGCAAACCUACGGCACGUAGCGAGAACGGAAGUGUGAAAGGGCCGUCUGAGGCUUCUGCAGUGUCUCGGUCCCGCAGUCAGCUCAGUAGGAGAGACAGCGGUGCGCUUCUCCCGUCGUCACUCGUGCGAACUGCCUGUUCUCUCAUGUCAAGAUGCCUGGCGCGUGGAGGAGACAACUAUUCAAGUGCAGCGCCCUCCGAGAUUUCGGACGGACUGACGGGCAGAACGCACACCGUGUCGAGUGCCGGAAGACGGGAGGAGAGUCAAAGCGGCGAGGGGACUUCGUCGCGGCGCUCGCUUCUCCACACUCAGGUGUCGGCGGAUGCGGCCAAACGCGUGCAGAGCAGUGCCGUGGGUCGGGCCAAGUCAUGUGCAAGGCCGAGCGUGAGCAGGAACUCGACUGUGGGAGAAAAAAGUCGGCUGAACCCGGUGAUACAGACAUCUCUGUCAAAAGAGCUUCUCUACGAAACAGCCUCGCCGAGAACGAGGGAAACGCUGGACGUAGCGAAACGCGCCGCUAGCUUGAGGGCGGAGCCCGAUCAGAAGGUGGCGGGUCUCCUUGAACAGUUCAAGAGGGCGGGGAGAAUUGUCAUUUCCUAGGAAACACACAAGAAGGCUUGUGCAUCUCCAGUUGUGGAACCCAUAGACAGGAACCCACGAGCGGAGGGCAAAUUAGUCCUAGGAAAGGCAGGUACCCGUGUCGAUCUCCAGUUGUGGAGCCCAUGCACAGGAAUACACGAGGACGGGAAUAAUUAUUUUUUCGUAGCAAGACAAGAAACCGUGAGCACUUGCUUUCGGUUGUGGAACCCCUGAACAGGAAUAGGGGAGUGAAAGAGCGAUGGAAUGGUGGUGUCUGCGUCGGGCCUUUGAGAGGAUCUCCCUUUAUCGAUACUCAUCUCCUGUCUGGCGUCGGUAAAUCUGGCCAUAAAUCUACAAAUUCAUGUCCCCGAAAUAGGUGUCUUUGUCGUAAAAUCGGUUCGCCAGUACGUUUCCGUCCGGUCAAGCUUGCGGUUUGUUUGUGCAUGUGCAAUCAAGGUAUCCCACGGGAAACAAGCGGAUUUUUGUGAUGCUUCACCGGUUCGUUGAGGCGACGCGGUGUGUGGAACCAGCGCGUCUGCACCUCUAUGUGUUACCCUUUUGUGCAAAUAAAAAGUAUACACACAGCAGACUCGUCGUUGGAAUUGAAACAGUUCCUCCGAUGUUAAUGAGGACGUUUUUACGCUCUGAACACCAGCCAUAAGAAUUUAGGUUUGUACCUGUUGCCGUUUCAGCUUCGUGCACGCAAACUUCUGCAGGCAUGUGCAGAAGUCACGCCUCUCUGCGAAACUACACACGCACUUCCGACGGGCCGAGUUGGUUUAUUCGCUGCGCUUUUUAGGUAUUUUUCUCCGUUUCGUGGCCGUUCCCUUUCUCGCGUUUGUUCCCUGUGGUUUCACGGUUACAUUGUGGAAAUCAAGGACUGACGUUUUCUUGACACGACUUCCCGUUCGCUCCUGUUUUCUGGCUGUUGUCUUUUGCCGUGGUCCAUUAAAAGAUUGAGGGAAGGUUUUGCCAUAGACUGAGCAACUCCCAUUUGUAUAUCAGCGGAUCCCUUUUCCUCCGCGCCUUAUGGCUCCUAGGGCUUCUUUUGAAAACGGUGUCUUCCUUCGGCAGUGACAACAAGCCGAAAGACGUGAAUACCCUUGUUUUUUCAUCCGCCUGCACAGAGGGGAAACUGCAUCCAAAGUGUGUAGCGAGGGGCACAUAGAAUGCGUGCUCCCCAGCUGGCUUGUUCAAAAUGUUAAGACGCUGUUGAGUUCUUACCCCAUUUCUUUUCUUUGAGACUGACGCUCGCUUUUUGCCCGGUUCGUUCCCCCGAAAAAACACUUCUUUUCUAUAUACUGGUCAAAUCCGUC